AUGAUCAAAUCUGACACAUCAAAUCAACUCGACCUACAUUCAUAUCUCCCACCAUAUCGCUCCUUGUUGUCACCACAUGCCAGAUAUGACUACAGGACACAUACAUUGAUCCCCAUAACGCAAAACGACUGGUCGUUGCCGUUCCUUGUGGGGUCAAGUGCUGCUGCUGCAGCGGCUGCCUCUUCUUCGUCUUCUUCUGGUAGUACACCUAACAACAACAGUGGUACAAAGUCAAAGUUCAAGAUGAAGUAUAAAUCUUUGCUAAGUGACGUAUCAAGGAGAACUUCGAUCUUAUCGUUGCGCAAGAAUCUUGACCAAGACUUCCAGCCCAUCAAGACAUCUACCAGCAACAGCUUCAACAACGCAAACAGUAAUAUUGUCAGCCACAGUAGUGCAAAGCUGCAAGUACCAGUGCAGCUCAAAAAUCUCCCAAUCGAAAUCCUUGAACAUAUUUUGGAAUUUGUGGAUGAUUUUGAAGACUAUAAGUGUUGUUUGCUCAUCAACAAGCAGUUCUAUCAAUUGACUAAGCCAUUGUUUUAUAGAUCCUUGUCGUUCACUUCAACUUACAAGUUUGCACUGUUUGUCACGUAUUUGAGACUCAAUUCUGAAGUUGGAUGCUAUGUUAAGGAGAUCGAUUUAUCCGGCAUUAAACCAAGCAAUUUUGGGAUUGACGAAGAGGACGAGGAAAUCGAAGAGGAAACUGAACACAGAAGAGGUUUUCCAGUUACCGUCCACGGUGGGAGACGGUCAUUGGAUGAAUAUCAACUACAUCAUGAGGAGCAUACUGAUCGUAACUACCAAUUUGUAUUGGCAGGCUGGAGAGAUUGGAAGUUUAAAUCAAACCCAUUGUAUUCAACUCACCAGCCAUCUACACCUGCUUCUUCUGUAGCUGGUUCCACUUCAGGUAAUCUCACCAAGAUUCGAUCAAAUAGUCAAGCUCUGGCUAGAUCGUUGGCAUAUUCCGUAAGAACUAACCACACUACGACGAACUCUUCUAAUAUGUCGUCCUCGUCUAAGAUUGUUAGACUUUCAAAGUACUUCAAGAAUAGGAAAAGGCAAAGGAUUAUCUUUGAUAAGCGCAACAGUGUGUCUCCUAUUGUGUUAAAUUUGUCCUCGCCAUCUGUGACAUCAUUAGCCAAUUCUAGAAGACUUGUUCAACAACCCCACCCUUCCAUGAAUAAAUUCCUUUUCAACUAUUCAUCUUAUAAGGAUAUACCAAUUGGAUAUGUAUUGCACACGUUAAAUCUUUGCCCCAAUCUUGUAUCCAUAAACUUAGCAAAUCUCUCACUUUCAGCCGACUAUGAAAUAGAUCCUAAGAUGGCGUACAAAUAUCAAACUUAUGAUUUAAUGAACAACUACUCGAAAGAUUUAGCAUUUACUAUCAAUAAGUUAAUGGCAGCCCCUAUAAAUAGUGACGAAAGUAUUUAUAGUGGUCAAUUUCUGCUUAGAGGAACUACUGCAUUAAGUGGUAGUGUAAAUGGGGAUAGGGAUUCCUUAAAGAGCUUUCAAUUCUCUGCUGCGAGCAUUAAAUCAGCAAUUCAGCUGAACCAUUUGAUUGGCAACAAUAGCAACAACUUUAGCGCACCUAUUAACAGUAGCAUUAUUGGCAGCUCCUCAGCAUCGUCUCUUUAUUCAUUCCAUCCCCCUACUCGUCCUCGCUACAAUAGCUUACUACCACCUUUACCACAAUCUUCCGUAGAUACAUCCUAUACUAAGAAGGGUGAUGGUAAAGUUUUCCUUUCAGAUUUAAAUUUAAAAUCUAUAAACAACAAUUACCUUACGAGAAUACAAGAAAAGGAACUUCUAACUACUUUAGCCAAAAUUCAUUCCAAUAGAUUUGGGAUUUAUAAUACGUUGAAGUAUGUUAACUUCUCUUCAAUGAUUUGGCUCACUAAAGGCUCAGUGAGAGACUUCAUUUCUGAAUUCCUUAGUGAUGAUCCUUGUAUGAUGAGUGAUGAUGACGAUGAGAGUAGUUUAGAUACGUCGUCUGUUAUCUCCAGUUGUGAUGAUCGUUGCUACCAAGAUCUUGUAAUAGAUUUGACUGACUCCGGAAUGUAUAAGAACCUUCUGUGGGCUAAAAGGAUUGAUUUAAAACUGGUUCAAGGAUUCAGAUUGGCCACUAAGAUUGUUAGAGAUGAAGUCUUAGAUGUGAAUGAGUAUAACACGAGAAGAGAUCAGGUGAGGAGGGGAAGAAUCGGAGAGAAUUAUUUUAGCUAA